CUUUUUGAGCAGGGUUCUGACAAGCUGCCUUUCUCAUUACCCCUCACUGGCAGCACUUUCAGGCAGGAAAUUUAAAGAAUGGUAAAGCUGAAGCUGCCCAAUCCUGGCCUGGAGGACAGGAUACCCUCCCAUGCUGAACUUGAGGUCCUGGAGAAAGAAGAGGCAGACUCCAGACCAAAAUGGGACAACAAGGCACAGUAUAUGCUGACCUGUGUAGGGUUUUGUGUGGGCUUGGGAAAUGUCUGGAGGUUCCCCUAUCUCUGUCAGAGCCAUGGAGGAGGAGCCUUCAUGAUCCCUUUCCUGAUUUUGCUAGUCCUGGAGGGUAUCCCCCUGCUUCAUCUUGAGUUUGCCAUUGGUCAAAGGCUGAGGAAAGGCAGUGUGGGUGUAUGGAGCUCUAUCCACCCUACCCUGAAAGGGGUUGGCAUAGCAUCAAUGUUUGUGUCUUUCCUGGUGGGCUUAUACUAUAAUACUAUUAUUGCCUGGGUGAUGUGGUAUUUCUUCAACUCCUUCCAAGAACCCCUGCCAUGGAGUAACUGUCCUCUCAAUGACAACAGAACAGAUUAUAUAGAAGAGUGUUCCAAGAGCUCUCCUGUAGAUUACUUCUGGUACAGAGAAACAUUGAACAUCUCCACUUCCAUUGGCGAUUCUGGCAGCAUCCAGUGGUGGCUGUUGCUGUGUUUAACAUGUGCAUGGGGUGUGCUCUACGUGUGCACAAUCAGAGGCAUUGAAACAACAGGAAAGGCUGUGUAUGUGACAUCAACUCUCCCGUACUUGGUGCUCACCAUUUUCCUGAUCCGUGGCUUGACGCUGAAGGGAUCAACCAACGGAAUUGUGUAUCUCUUCACCCCUAAUGUCAGUGAGCUGGCGAACCCAGUGACGUGGCUGGAUGCAGGAGCUCAGGUGUUCUACUCCUUCUCCCUGGCCUUUGGAGGCCUCAUUUCAUUCUCCAGUUACAACUCUGUUCACAACAACUGUGAGAAAGAUGCUGUGAUCGUUUCAGUGAUCAAUGGUUUCACAUCCAUCUAUGCUGCCACUGUCAUAUACUCCAUCAUUGGGUUCAGAGCCACAGCAAGAUAUGAUGACUGCUUUGACAAGAAUAUUCUUACUCUGAUGAAUGCAUUUGAUUUGCCAGAAGGUAACGUAACCCAAGAUAACUUUGAACAAAUGCAGCAGCUGUGCAACUUGACUGAUCCAGCAACUUUUGCAACCCUCAAGUUUGAAACCUGUGAUCUGGAAACUUUCCUGAAUGAUGGAGCUGAAGGAACUGGCCUAGCCUUUAUUGUCUUCACUGAAGCAAUCACCAAAAUGCCUGUCUCACCUUUGUGGUCCAUCCUCUUCUUCAUCAUGCUCUUCUGCUUGGGUUUGUCAUCUAUGUUUGGGAAUAUGGAAGGUGUGCUUGUGCCUUUACAAGAUCUCAAGAUUAUAUCCCCCAGAGUGCCUAAGGAACUUAUUACUGGUCUCGUUUGUUUGGUGUGUUAUUUGAUAGCUUUCAUUUUUGUGCUGAAUUCUGGUAAUUACUGGCUGAGUCUGUUUGAUGGUUAUGCUGGCUCUAUUCCCCUGCUGAUAAUUGCAUUCUGUGAGAUGUUUUCAGUCGUCUACAUUUAUGGAAUAGACAGGUUUAACAAGGAUAUUGAGUUCAUGACUGGACACAAGCCCAACAUUUUCUGGCAGAUUACCUGGAGACUCAUCAGUCCUCUCAUUAUGUUAGUUAUCUUUUUCUUUUAUUUUGUGGUGAAAGUCAACGAAGAAUUGCUCUACAGUGUUUGGGACCCUAACUAUGAGGAGUUCCCCAAAACAGAGAAGGUUGAAUAUCCCCCCUGGGUGUAUGCUAUCAUUGUAAUCCUUGCUGGAGUGCCCAGUGUGACCAUCCCUGCCUUUGCCAUCUACAAAGCCAUCAGGAGCCACUGUCAGAAAAAAAAUGAUCGUGCUGGCCUCAUCGCUACAUCUGAGACUUCCAUUAAUGGAAACUUAAAGUAUACAUCAUAAACCUUUUGUUUUUUCAAAUGUGGAAGGAUGCCCUGUCAGUGAGGAAAGUAAAAAAAAUAUAUUUUUAUGAAUCUGGAGUUAAUUUUAUUUUCAUUGAAGGGUAACCAUGUGUUGUUUCCAGGUAAACAUUUGCAUAACAAGGCAAUGAACCGUGAAGAGUUGAUGGCCUGGCUUCUGGAAGCAAAAAAAGUGACAUUUGCAAGUGAUUGGGGCACCAGGCCAAAUAAUUUGUCCCUUUCUGGUUCUGAAGCCAGCUUGUUUGAAACUGGCUUCUAGCCCCUGUGCUUGGGAAUGCACUGUGCAUGAAGUGACUCUUCCAUGUGUAAUCAUUCUGGUUGGGUGGCCAAUAUGAAGGGUAACUUAAUGCUGUCCUCUCUUGCACAUUAAAUUGUUUUUACUUUACAUACCACUGUGUUGCACAAAGCCACUAAUAUUAUUUGUUUCAUAGAGAAGUUUAAAUAUUUAAUAAAAACAUUUCUAAGUAUGAGAAUGACAACUUGAUUAAUUCAGAAUUCUAUAUAUUUUAUAAAUUGCCUAUAACUUCCAAGUUCCUAGCAGAUAGUGCUGCUUUUGCUGAUGACAGGAGAGGUAAUCUUGCAAUGGGGCAGCAGCAGCUCAGGAAACAGCAAAAUCUGCCUUCUGUGGCACCCGUGAGCAAGGGGUGCACCACUUGCCUGGGGGAUCCAUGCUGAUGGGAGAUCCAAGGCACACCAAGGUGCAAAUCUUGCUCCCUGUUGCCAUCAAGGUAGGUGGCUCUGGUUCAUGUACAUACACAAACACACACACCUGACAACUAUUUGAAUUUUUAAACUUCCUUCCAUGUGACCCAGUGGAGCUCAGUGAGGGAUCCCAUUCCUCCUGUGGCCACCAGAGAAGAAAGGGGCACUGUUAGAGCACCCAGGCAGAGUGCCUGGAGCAGUGUCCAUGUCCCCUCUGGAUGAUCCUCUCCAUACAACUGUCUGUGUACAUGCACAGUGAUACACUUGUAUUACCUUGCAGCAGUUCCUACACCCACCUUUUGAAACAAGAAUGGAUCCAGUUUAGAUCCUCAUACUGGUUGUAAUCAAUGUACUCUAUUAAAAGGAAUAGGUACACUUAGGGUAUACUUACUCCAGAAUGUAUCUUUAGGGUAGUCUAUCUCCUGUAAAUUGAGAGUAAAGUGCAUUGCAUUGAAAAUUGAGAGUAAAGUACACAUUGCAUGUGUACUUCAUGGAAUCAUAGAAUCAAUGAUUUGGGUUGGAAAAUUCCUUGAAGAUUAUCC